CACGGAACCCAAGUAAUACGUCCGGCAUAACAGUAGGAAGGACAAAGGGAUCGACAAGGUAAAGGGAAUAUAAACUCCGGUAUAUGAACUGAGAUAAUGGUGGAGAGGGAAAGGGAUGAGGAGCACAGUCAUACUACCAUUAACAGGCCCUCAUAGUCUGGCUGCCUUAGUCUCUACACUACUGGAGCAAACCUGAAGCGGAUAACUGAUGUGGGGGCAAGUGCCCCCUCUUGCCCCUACGUGCGGGCGCCCAAGGGUACAGCAGAUCUCUCUCUGUGUGAGGGGUGUGGCAGGGUGUGGCGCAUGUCGUGGUGUGUCAAGUGUGGCAGAGAGAACGAGGAUGACGCAGGGGUUUGUGACGAGAUGGGACGUGGAGUGGACGUGUUUGCUGGGAGGAGUGGAAGAUCGAGUUGCUGAGUGGAGGCACGAAUGGACGAGUGAUGGAAGCAGUGAAAGAGUUCUGGGAAAGAAUUUAGCGUACAGAAUGUAGGGAACAGUAUUUUGUCCCAUGUACGCAGGAUUGUGUCUGUUCUGUAGUAGGUUUUGUUUCUUUUCACAGGAGCUGCCGUUACAAAGGCCUGACGGGGCGAGUCACCUGUGACAUCAAGAUCAAGCGGAGAAAGCUCCAAAAGGGGCAGCUGUGACCUGAAGGGCCUUGGCAGUGUUUCUCGCGGAGGAGGAGCCCCGCGGCGCCCAGGGGGAGAUCAGCAUCCAUUGGUGUGGGUUCUGCUCCGAGGACUUCCUGGGCCGAGGAGUGCAAGGAACAUAUAAGUAAGGAGCACCCCAGCAGGAGGCCGCGGGGGGGUGGUCCGGGGCAGCACACCCCCCGGGGCAGCCAGGUGAAGUACCCGCCCCAGCCCGGCACACUCAUGGGCCACAGGAAGGCACGCUCACCUGGCCAGGAAGAGACUACAGGUCCAGGUGGAGGUGGAGGAGAGGAGGGGGAGGAGGUGGAGGGCAAGAGGAAGGUGAGGACUCCGAGGGCUCUGCAGGAACAGUUUUGGCUGCAGAAACAACGGCCAAAACCUGUGUGUUCCGUGGAGGUGGAGAAGAAGCACAAGAGUUCUCUGUCCACCUGCAAGUACUACAAGUUUUCCUCGGAGGCCAAUCUGAGGCCCAUAGGGAGUGCCACGAGGCGGGAAGGGCGGCGAGAGGGCUUCUCCUGCUCAGUGUGGCUUCAGGUGUGA